AUGUCUGCUCGCUCUACUACCAUAACUGAUGCCAAUCUCUCCAACAUGCCGGUUGCGGUAGUCAACCUGCACAAGUUGCGAGAGAAGGUCAAGGGAUUCCCUCUCAUCCUCGUGACGGGAGGAGCCGGCUACAUUGGCUCUCACACCGUUCUGGAAAUCCUCAAAACAGAAUGCGGAGUCGUCGUCAUUGACAACCUCGUCAACAGCCACAUGGAGGCCUUGCUCCGUGUCUACCACAUCUACAAGCAUGAGAAGAUCAGACUUGGCAAGGACACCAGCAACCUCGCUCCUCUCCUCUUCUGCAACGUCGAUCUCCGAAACCGCUCUCGCGUCAUCAAUGCCUUCCAACUGUGGCAGUCUCCCAACCCCGACCUCCAAGUCCUCUCCAUGAAGCUUGAUGUCGUCGACAUUGGUGCCAAGGUUGAUGGCGCGUCAUACAAGACUCGUGAUUAUCCAUUGAACCUUAACGGACAGCCAGAUGACCUACCAGACGUGGUGCCCGAACUGCCUGGGGGUAAAAUCAUCGCCGUGGUUCACUUCGCUGCCUUGAAGGCCGUGGGAGACUCGAUGAGCCAACCGCUGCAGUACUACCAGAACAACAUCUCAGGAUUGCUGAACCUUCUGGAUGCCAUGUCCAUGACUCAGGUCACCCGCAUGGUCUUCUCUAGCAGCGCUGUCGUCUACGGAUCUGGGAAGGAGGCAAAUAUCGCAGAGGACUCUGUCCAGGUCGGCGGCAAGGGCGUCGGCUCGGGGCUCGUCACCAACCCUUACGGUCGAACCAAGUGGAUGGCAGAGGAGGUCCUGAAUGACUGCUGCAUCGCGAACCCAGAAUUCGAAGUGGUCUCGCUCCGAUACUUCAACCCCACAGGUUCUCACGCCAGUGGUCUCAUCGGAGAGGAGCCAAAGGGCACACCGAACAACAUCGUCCCUGUCAUCCUCCAGGCCUACCAAAGACGACGAAGCAGGGUGUACGUCUACGGCUCAGACUACGACACCAACGACGGCACCGGCGUUCGCGACUACAUCCACGUCGGCGAUCUCGCCAGCGGCCACCUGGCAGCCCUCCGAUCCAUGUACGUCCCCAAGCAGACCCAGAAUGGCAGGAGGGCGUCCGUGGCGUCCGCGGCCAGCCAGGAGACACCGACAAGCCCCAACAACUACAGAGUGUACAACCUGGGCACCGGCCAGGGCUACAGCGUCCUCGACAUCAUCAAGGCCUUUGCCAACGCGGCGGACUGCGAGAUCCCGUUCGCCAUCUCCGACGCACGGCCAGGGGACCUCGGCACCGUCACGGCCAGCACCGACAAGGCCGCCAGCGAGCUCGGAUGGGCCGCCGAGUUCGGCAUCCAGGACAUGUGCAGGGACGUCUACACGUUCGCCAUGGAGAACCCCCAGGGGUACGAGCGCCUGCGCAGGCUCUCGACCAUCGCCAUGCAGGAUCCCACCGCGCUGCGCAGGGCCAGCGUCGAGGCUGGGCUGUGGCACUCGCAGAACCAGGCGGCCAAGUCGCGCCAGUCUUCGGAUAGCAGCAGCGAUCUUCCAGACAUCAUUGAGGAGUUCACGCAUCUGUCGACGAACCCCGAGGCUUUUGGUAACAUGAUCCGCAAGAUGAGUGUCAUGAGCACUGAGGAUCUUUGCCCAUUGGCCGUCUAG